UGGGGAACGACUUCGUUUUGUUUGUCUUUCCCACAACCAAUAAUUCUUCACUUUUCUCUCUUAAACCCUAAACCCCUGUAAAUCCUCAUUCUUUCUUCUUCUCCUAAUGCUUCGAAUAACCCUCAAAUCACCCCUAAAAUCUCCAUUAGUCUCCUCCCUCCUCCUCCUUAAACCUUCCUUCUCCACCGCCAACCUCGCCGUCGACCACACUGAACCACCACCACCACCACCCACAACCACAAGAGCUGCAAUUUCAAGAAUCCUCAACUUUUUUCUCCAAACCCAUUGCACUAAAGGCUCCGCAAAGCUAUUGCGAGGUGACCCAUAUUUUAAAAACUUAAUCUUGGAGCUGAAUUCAUCGGAAAUAGAAGGCAUUGUUGAGAAACUGAGUGUUGAAAAUUCCGAAUCUGCCCUUGAGUUCUUCUUCUUGUUGAGAAAUGAUUGUGGGUUUAAUCAUUCCAGAGUUUCACACAUUGUUGUUGCUCAUGUUUUGGCUGGAAAGCAGCGGUUUAGAGCUUUGAAGUUUCAUUUACAACAUUUGGUUCAACAAGAAGGUGUUGGUUCAGCUCAUUUGAUAUGCGAGAUGCUUUUGAUUCGCUUUCAGAAAUGGGAUUCUAAUCAUGUUGUCUGGGAUGUGCUGGCUUCUGCUUAUUCCCAUUGUCAGAUGGUUGAUGAUGCUCUCUUUGUUUUUGCAAAGAUGAAAGAUUUCGAUAUCCAGGCUUCAGUAUUUACAUACAAUAACUUGUUGUAUAAUUUGAGGCACACUAAUAACAUCUGGGAUGUUUAUGAUGACAUCAAAGCCAGUGGGCAGAACCCGAGCGAGUAUACUAAUUCCAUUCUGAUAGAUGGUCUGUGCAAACAAUUCUUGAUGCAAAAAGCAGUUGAUUUUGUCCGAGGGAUUGAAUGUAGAGAGUCUGAGCCUUGUGUUGUGUCUUUCAAUACUCUUAUGUUGAGUUCCUGUAAAAUGGGUUCCGUAGACGUUGCCAAGUCAUUCUUUUGUAUGAUGUUUAAGUGUGGAUUACAUCCCAAUGUAUAUAGUUACAAUAUUCUCAUUCACGGGUUAAGUGUGGCAGGUGCAAUGGAAGAAGCAUUGGAGUUCAUAGAUGAUAUGAAGAAACAUGGUUUAGAGCCUGAUCUGGAAACUUAUAAUGUCCUCGCCAAAGGAUUUCAUUUGCUUGGUAUGAUGAAUGGUGUCCGGAAGUUUGUUAAUGAAAUGCUUCAUAAAGGCAUGAAUCCUGAUAUUUUCACAUAUACAAUGUUGAACUGUCGAUAUUGCAAGGAAGGUAAUAUUGAUGAGAGGAUUAAGUUGAGAGAGGAGAUGUUUUCAAAGGAAGGGGUCCAUGCCAGUGAUAUCUCAGACAACAUGUUACUUGGCAGUUUGUGUAAAAGCGGACAUUUAGAUGAAGCUUUGAAUUUGUUCCAUGAGAUUGAGAGCAGCGGUCGUAAACUGGAUCAUAUCAGGUACUCUAUUCUCAUUCGAGGCCUUUGUAAGCGAGGAUUGAUUGAUAUGGCUUUUCAAUUGUACAAAGAUAUGUGUUGUAAGAGAAUUAUUCCAAAUAUUGUUGCUCAUAGAUCUAUUCUCAAAAGCUUCUGUCAGAAAGGGUACAUAUAUGAGGCAAGAGUUUUGUUUGAUGCUUUAAUAAAUUGUGACUUAAUAGAUGAUAUUUUUUUGGUUAAUAUUAUGGUUGACGGAUAUGCAAAACUUGGUGACAUCGGUGAGGCUGUUCAGGUAUACGAACUAAUAACAGGAAAAGGAAUAACCCCAAGCAUAGUUACAUUCAAUUCCUUAAUAUAUGGGUUCUGCAAAGCCAGAAAGUUAGAUGAUGCAAGAAAGUGGGUUGACACUAUAUAUGCACAUGGGUUGAUACCAUCAGCGAGGACGUACACAACUCUUAUGGAUGCCUAUGGUGAAGAAGGGAAAAUGCAAGACGUUUUUGAGUUGCUAGAGGAAAUGAAAGCAAGGAGCAUAGAACCAACUCAUGUUACUUACACAGUGAUAAUGAAAUGCCUCUGUAAAAGAAGGCAGAUACAUGAGUCUGUCCGGAUACUAAAGAGUAUGUUACCGGAUGAUUUUCAGCCUGAUGAUGUUUUUUACAACACAAUUAUUAAAAGUUUAUGUGAAGCUCGAGAUAUGAAAGGCGCUUUCCAAUUAUAUAAAGAGAUGGAGACGCACAAAUUUCAGCCAAGUCGUGUCACGUACAACAUUCUCCUUAAUGGUUUAUGUACACAUGGAGAGCUAAAGGAUGCUGAGGAACUAUUUUAUACACUCCAAGAUGUUGGCCUGAUGAAAUGUGAUUACACCAUUCUAAUAAAAGCGCAUUGUGCAAAAGGAUCAGUGCAUAAAGCAGUGGUUCUGUUCCAAGAGAUGAUUGACAAGGGCUUUGAAAUCUCUAUUAGAGAUUAUAGUGCUGUGAUUAAUAGGCUGUGCAAAAGAAAUUUACUAGCUGGCAUGGAGAUUUUUCUGCGUAUGAUGUUGUUUCAUGGCAUAUCUGUUGAUUCACAAAUUUGUUUUAUGCUUAACAGUUACCGUCAUAUUCGUGAUUGCAAUUAUGUGUUCCAAUUGUUCUCUUUGAUGAUUAAGUAUGGAUUAAAUACUGAUUCUAUUUGUGGUUAAGUGUACAAGACACCAAUUCAGGAUGAUUAAUAAACUCUGUUGCAAUAUGUGAGCUUCUUGGUUCAUGUGAUGUUACGAGAAAGGUUCCUAGAAGUUGUAACUUGAAAUUAUAAGAAUCUCUUGAGGCUGGACGAGGCAACUGAUGACAAGUUGUCGAAACUCAAGAUUUUUCAAUAUAGAUGUUGACCAAAUAGUGGAACACUAUCAGACCAACUGCACGCCACAGCCUUCCGUCUCCAGGUUUCCGUCAACUACUCCAGUUACAAAUUCUCAAAGUUUGGCUGUACCUGAGGAGAAAAAUUUGCCACCGGAGUUGUCCUUAAACUGCAACCAUGGGUUGAAGCUAGGACUUUUCCCUGGAGCCUUGCAUCAUUUACAAGAAAUGAAGGAUAAGUUAAUUGAGAUUUCAAAUGAUCUUCUUGACAAUGUUUCAGAUCUGAGUUCUGAACAGGUUGAAAUGCUUCGCCAAGAACGGUCACAGCUGAAGCUGCAAAUUCAGCUCUUUGAAAAAUUUCUUCAAACUGUAUCAGGCAGUGAAGAAAGAAAGAUGUCAUAGUGUUCUUCUUCCACACUGACUCCUGCCUAGCAGUAUGAAAACCCUUUCUGCCUUUCAGUAUGCAACACCUUCUUCAUUCCCUUCCAGGAUUAAUCCUACGAGACUCGACACACAGUUUAGUUGAUAUAAUGAGUCCAAUCACUUUGCAACUGGAAUUCAUCAUCACUUUCAUUUGAUGUGACUGGUGGAUAUGGUCUUUCAACAGCCCCAGUGGAAAGAGAACCAUACAUCCCAAAGUAUCUUGAAGUUAACUAUAUUGAUGGUUCAAAUGACAAGAAGUGGAGUAGCCGAGAUUUCCCUUGGACAAGGAAGCUUGAGGUUGAGUCAGCAACCGGUAGGACUCACUGAUAGGGGGAGAAUGGCGCCAUGUCCAUCUGUUGCAAAGCUAUGAAGCCUUCCACACUUAUUUGAAAUGGGAAGCAAAUAGCAUUUGAGAUGAGGCAACUUAUUAAAUCAACUAAGUUUUUUGUGUCCCCUGUCGAGUGUAUCAUCUUACUUGUGUAUUCUGAGGAAACAAACCCGAGAUGCUCUGAGCAUUGUGCAACUUGACAAUGUUGAGAUCAUGUCGUAGAAAAAAUGUGUGUAAAUAUGUGUCUUUUGAACUUGAUAGGUUAUGGCGUCCAUCUUGUACGGAACAUGAUUAGUUUCUCUAUAACAAUGUUGAAUGAUGAUUCCUUUUUGAACUUUGUUAUAAUGUAUAUCAAUGUAGAAUAAUGUGACACCCAUGAUGGAAGGCAAGCCUUUGAAGAAAGUUAACAACUUUAUCAGA